AUGGCAGGGACUUGCGCAACAACGGUUUCACAGGGGUUAUCCCCCGUGAUUUGGCCAGGCCUGGCAACUUGGAAUGUAUGUUUCCAACAGCUGCAUCCAGCCGUCCUUUUAAUUGCCCCCCUUCCCAACACAGGGAAGUAUCUAACAACUCUAUUUCUGGGGAACUCCCACGGACUCUCAGUGUCUCCCCUUCUCUUUACACGCUGUUAUCUUGUUGCUGCCUUGCCUGUGUUGUGGCUUAGAAACCUUGGCAGCAACAACCUUACAGGGUCAAUUCCUGACUCCAUCUCCACCCUCACCUCCCUCGAGGGCAUUAUGCUCAAUAACAAUCAGCUGUCUGGCACCAUCCCCUCUGCCAUCUUCAACAUGAUGGGUCUAAAGUAUCUCUGGCUGGACAACAACAAAAUUGAAGGUCCUCUGCCAUCUAGCCUGUGCUUGCUGCCGGGGCUGUGGCGCUUCAUCAUUUUCUGCCCUCUGUAUGCCCCCCGAGCUUCCCACAGUGACGUGAGCGGCAACAGCCUGUACGGGCGAAUCAACCGUGACUUCAAGAGCAUGGUGGCGGACGGUGGGGCCCUCAUCAACCUCGCUAACAACUUCUUCUUUGGAGAUGCCGUGCUCUUUGCUGCCGGCUGCAAGGUCUGCCCCACUGAAGUCAACGAGCCCAACUACCUGGACCUAUGGAACAUUUCCAAGUGGAUGGUUGGUGGCAAGUGUAACGAAGCUCUGGUUAAUAACUCCGUGAUGGGGGCAGGCAGCGCGGUGAGGGUGAGCCUCUCGGGCAACUGCCUGACCCUGAGCCCGAACGCGGGGUGCGCGUCGCACGCCAUCCAGCGCAGCAAGGCAGCCUGCAAGGCGAUCUGCAGCAUCACUGCCAAUGGCCCGAGUGACGGCCAUGGGGAGUGUGUGCAGCCCGACCCUGCCUCCCCUUCCAAGUUCACGUGCCUCUGUGAUGCAGGCUACUCGGUUGUUGACUCGGGCAACGGCUCCACCUGUGCCAUUGUCUACUCCAACACCACCACUGUGCCUCUUCAUUGCAGCACUGCCUGUUAUUAUAGCGUUGCCCCUUCCUUGAAGCACUACCUAUUCUUACAUCAGUGCCUCUUCCUUGCAGCAUUCCCUAUUCUUACUGCAUUGCCUCUUCCUGCAUCACUGCCCGAUACGUGCAUACUGUGCCUCUUUCUUAACCACACCUCACCAUGCCUCUUUUUUGACCUCCCAUUUCGUGGCAGUGUCCUCUCUGUCCAUGGGUGCCAUAGUGGGCAUUGUUCUGGGCAGCUUCGCUGGAUUCACGCUGCUGGCUGCUGUGGUCGCAUGGCUGCUAUGGCCCCGCGGACCAAGUCAGCCCCUCAACUCGUCUUCUUUCCAUUCCAUCUCCCACAUUCCUGCACCACUUUCCUGGCUUCCUUCCCUGCUUCCCUCCUCUACCAAUUUUCCAGCACUGCAACUCUGACUCUCCACUGCCCACAUGCUCUGUCUGCUCAUCUACACCCUGACUCACUCACUCCUCGUGUCUGGUGUGUUGUGUGCACAGAGAAGUGGGAGGGUUUGGAUGUGUGCGAGCAGUUCUCGCUGCAGCAGAUGCUGAGGGCCACCAACAAUUGGUCUGAGGACAACGUGCUGGGCAAGGGUGGCUUUGGCGUUGUCUACGAAGGCCGCUCGCCACAAGGCCAGCUGUGGGCCAUCAAGCGCUCCACCAUCAUGACUAAUGACUUUGAAACAGAGGUCAGGCAUGCCUCGAAUCCGCCGCAUUCCGCCCUAUACUCUUCGUUUCGCAAGAUGCUGACCUGCGGAUUUAUUGCUCCCCUCUCCUUGUCCGUGUCCACACCUGCCUCAGGAGCAGAUCCUCGUGUACGAGUUUAUGGCCAACAGGGACCUCGAGUACCAUAUCCACAAGACCGAAAAUCCUCUCUCACUGCGCUAGAGGUUGCGCCUCGUGCAGGGAGCAGCAGAGGGCUUGGCAUACCUGCACAGGUGGCUGACUUUGGGCUGCUCAAGCGCCUCACUCACGGCGAUGCUGAUGCCACACGAGUAGCUGGCAAUCCGGGCUAUGUGGACCCGGAUUACAGCCGCACCAAUGUUACCACUGUCAAGAGUGACGUUUUCAGCUUUGGAAUCGUGCUUCUUGAGUUGCUGACCGGAAAGUCACCCCGAGCAGUGAAGCUGGUAGAGGCGUAUGAGCUGGAGGAGUUGAGGGACGGCAAGAUGCCGGCGGGAAGCGAGGAGGCAAUAGUGGAAUUUGCAGACCUAGCUCUGGACUGCAUCAAGUCUCCAGGCACACGACGGCCCACCAUGAAGGAUGUGGCAUACCGCCUCAGUGCCCUCAUUGACAAGCACUGCCCUGACAAGGAGGAUGAGUUGGAGAGUGUCGUGAAAAAAGAAAGUGAAGGGAACGAGGGUAUAUCUUCAAGGUCGUUGGGAGACAGUGGCAGGGAGUCUGGGAGGUCUUAUGGCUCACAGUCCGGAGUGGGUUUGUUCAUGCGCAUUAGCUCGAUAGGUGAUGUUCCUAAGAGUUGGCUGCAGCAGCUGAAGCCAACCAAAGGGCGUUGA